GGAAGAGGACACAAGCCCAGCCCCAUUCUCACUGUGUACAGAGUGCAGCAGCUUCUCACAGGCAGCCCAUUGCACAGACAAGCACCAGACAUGUGGCUGUAUCUUGUAACUGGGAUCUGCAUCAUCUUUAUUAUCCUCAAGGCUUGGCUAGGGGGCCGAGGUCCUAACCCCUUUGCUGUGGACACCAGAAGACCCCCAGGACCUGUGGUGUUUGAUAAGGGGUUGAAGAGAAAAGUGAUAAAGAAUGUCUUCUCUCCUGAUAAAGUUCCUGAGAAGCUGGAUGCUAUCGUUAUUGGUAGUGGAAUUGGAGGGCAAGGGGUAGCUGCGCUGCUCGCCAGGGCUGGCAAACGGGUACUGGUGCUAGAGCAACUGGGGAAGCUGGGAGGUUGUUGCCACACCUUCAAUGAGAAGGGCUAUGAGUUUGAUGUGGGAAUUCAUUACAUCGGUCAGUUAAAUGAACAUUCCCCAACGCGGAUAUUGGUGGAUCAGCUGACGGACGGGCAGCUGCAGUGGUCUUUAAUGGAUGAUCCUUUCGAUGUGGUGGUGCUGGGGGAUAUGGCAAAUGCCCGUCGUUACAACAUGCGCUCUGGAACACAGGCAUAUACCGAUGAGCUGAAGAAGGCUUUCCCAGGAGAGGAGAAAGUCAUUGAUGACUUUAUGAGGCUUGUUAAGAAAGUCUCGGGGCGCGUCCAAGACAUGGCCAUCCUAAAAAUCCUGCCUUUGCCACUCGCCCGCUUCUUGUGUCACAUUGGCCUGGUGAGCUGGUUCUCCCCAUUCUUCCGCUACGCAUCUCGCAGUGUAUCUGAGGUCAUCGGGGAGCUCACCAAAAACAAGGAGUUACAAACUGUUCUCAGCUACAUAUUUGGAACAUACGGUGUGUUCCCUGAUAGAGCCAGCUUUGCUCUACAUGCGGCCCUGAUUGAUCAUUUCUUGCGUGGGGGCUGGUACCCUACUGGCGGUGCAAGUGAGAUCACAUACCACCUGGUGCCCACAAUCGUUAAGGCUGGAGGAGCUGUCCUGUCUAAAGCAACAGUAGAGAAGAUCCUGGUGAACAGCGACAGAAGAGCGUGUGGUGUUGUAGUAAAAGGGAAGGGCAUGGAUGCUAUGAAUAUUUUUGCUCCCAUUGUGAUUUCUGAUGCUGGGAUCUUCAACACAUACGAGAAGCUUCUCCCUCCUGAGGUUAAGUCUCUGCCAGCAAUCCAGUCUCAGCUGGGCAUGAUGCGCCAUGGAACCGGGGGCUUCAGUCUCUUCAUUGGCAUUAAGGGCACAAAAGAAGAACUCCAGCUUCCUGCCUCUAAUUACAUCUACAUCCCAGACAAAGACCUGAAGAAAGUGGAGAGAAACUUUUUUGAUGCCUCUGUAGAAGAUGCUCCGAAUCAUAUUCCAAUGCUGUAUAUCUCCUCCCCUUCUGCAAAAGAUCCCACCCAUGAGGAGCGGUGCCCAGGGAAGUCCACCCUGACUGCUCUCUCCUUCACCUCCUACGAGUGGUUUGAGGAGUGGAAGAACAAGAAGGUGCAGAAACGAGGACUAGACUAUGAAAGUGUGAAGAGCAUGUUUGCGGAGUCUAUGCUAGAGACCACAAUACAGAUCUUCCCGCAGAUCAAGGACAAGAUUGAUUGCUACGUCAGCGGAUCCCCCCUGACUAAUGAUCACUACCUUGGUGCUUCACGGGGGGAGUUCUAUGGGGCAGAGCAUGAUAUUGCCCGGAUGAGUCCUGAAACUACAGCAACCAUGAGGGCUAAAACUCCUAUCAAGGGACUCUACCUGACAGGUCAAGACGUCUUCCUCUGUGGGUUUGUUGGGGCUCUGAAUGGAGCUGUUAUAUGUGCAUCAGAUAUACUAGGACGGAACCUGUAUUUUGACCUCCUGAAACUGCGACGCCAGAUUAUGCAGCAUAAAGCUAAGAAGGCUGAGUGACCUCCAAGCGCCCAGAGCCGACCUGUAUAAGAAGCGACCACAGUCACAUGUACUGGUGCACAAUAAAUUAGACGAAGACGGAUACAUUUUUAAUUCUAAUCCUAUUACUGUAAACGUAUACAGUUGUAAUCCCACAUAUAAUAGGUGCAACCUAAAUUCUCUUGGCGGCUUCCGUGCCGUAGCCUCCAUGAGUCAGGGGACCAUAUAGACAGCACCUAUAUUGGUGUAAAAUCAAUCAUUCUCCAAUGCAGAUAAUAGUCAGCUCUUCAGCAAAUCUACCUAAAACCAUCUUAAGCCCCGUACACACAGGGAGAGAUGUGUGCCGAGUGAUCUAUCACAGACCGCUCAGCACACCUCUCCCCCCACUCAGCACACAGUCAGAUUGCUUAGAAUUUAAGCACGGAUCUCUCCGUGUGUACCCCCCUUUACAGUGAUUAAUCUCAACAGUUGCUUCAAUGUGGGGGCCCAUAUCAGGUCAGUUAUCAUUGAUACUAACGGUUUUUGCCAAUAGGACAGUUAAGAACGUUAAGGGCCGUAUUCAGGGGCCGAUUUGGGGAGAGAUGUGUGCUGAGCGGUUCGCUAACCACACAUCUCUCCCCCCGCUCAGCACAGCGCGAUGUGUGCUGAGCAUGCCGUGGGAGACGGGGGGGGACGCUCAUUUCACCCAGCGGGUGAAGUGAGCGACCUGCUAGAUUGGCCUGCCAAUCUAGCACCAGCGAUAGCGAUGCGCGGGGUACACACGGAGCGAUCAUGCUUCAAAAUCUAAGCAAUCUAGUCAGAAUCACUAUUUUACAAAGCACUACUGUAAAUAAUAGUGUAUUGUAUUAAAAUAAAAGUGUCACUGGUAUAGAACAAAUGUAGCAAUAUUGCCCAUAUAUUUUUAUAAUAUAUAUAUAGUCUCCUAUACAGUAUUUGUAAAUUUAAUGACAAUGUCCACCAUAGUUGUAAAAUAAUAGUAAUAUAUAUUGUACAGCUGAAAACACUGAUCCAAUCAGAUUCAUAUCAAGCAUACUGUAAUUUAAGAGCAGCAAUAGUUUGUAAAACGUCAUCUGCUCUUCAUUGGUAGACAACAUUUAAAGGUAUAUUUACUAAAGUGCGGGUUUUUAGAAGUGGAGAAGGUGCCUAUAGCAACUAAUCAGAUUUUAGCUAUUCUCUUGUAUAAGGUGCUAGAUAAAUGAUAAGCAGAAUCUGAUUGGCUGCUGUGGGCAACAUCUUCACUUUUAAAAAUCUGCACUUUAGUAAAUAUAUCCCUUAUGGGCCAUAUACACUGGCAGAUAAUGCUGAAAGAUAUGAACGAUCUCGUUCAUUAAUGAACGAGAUACCGUUCAUAUCUUUCAGUGUGGAGGCACCAGCGAUGAACGAUGUGCGGCCCCGCGCUCGUUCAUCGCUGGUGCCCCGUCGCUUGUGCAUGCAGGCCAAUAGAAACUUCACUCCCCCCCAUCACUGCCCCCCCGCCGGGUCGGCCGUAUCAGCCGUUGGGCAGCUCGGCGGCUGAUCGCGCUGUGUGUAGGGCCCAUUAGUGUUUAUACCUAACCGGAAUUUAGGCGCAUAGGUUAAGUGUAUAAAGAUGGGCACUUAGAUAUGCUAGAGGGGAAUAAGAAUUUAUUUGUAAUCUCCUUUUAUAAUUUCUCAUUCUACCCAUCUGAAACACAUGGUUGUUACAUAAUCCUAUUUUUGGGAAUAUCUACUAAAUGUCUAUCUUACAUUUCUGGGAAUUGCAGAAGGACUGCAUCACAGAUUUACCAGUGCACCUCUAUGUGCCGCGAAGGGAAAUCUGUAAUGUUUGUGGGUGAGUUGCAGCAAAAAUGGUCCAAACACCGGAAAUAUUAGGGACCAUCAAGAAAAGCUGUUUAAAAUUAAAAGAACAUUGGGGUCUAUGUACUAAGCCCUGGAGAGAGAUAAAGUGGAUGCAGAUCAAGUAUCAGCCAAUCAGCUCCUAACUGCUUUUUUUCAAACACAGCCUGUAACAUGGCAGUUAGGAGCUGAUUGGCUGGCACUUUAUCUCCAAGGGUUAGUACAUAGGGGCUGAUUCAGAUCGCAUCACAAACGCGAUGCAACCGCAUUUUUCUGAGAGAGCCCUGCUGUGCGCACGUGCAGGUCCCAUCCUGUGCGUGCGUGAGCAGUUAAUGCCAUUGGAUCACAUUAACUGAUUGACAGGCAGAGGCGUUCGCAGGGUGGCGUCGGGUAAACGGGGGCGUAUCUGCGUUUUCGGCCGCAAAUGGCGGUGGCUGCAGGAUGCAUUUACAGUUUCUGCGACCAUACUGUAAUUGCGGCACGAUUGCAAUUUCAGCAUGAUCACAGUGGGUGGGUGGUGGGCAGUAUGCAACAUGCAAUUGUAAGGCAGAAUGUGCAAUCCUUACUGAAUAAGGUCCUUAGACCCCAUCAUUUCCUAACAACAAGAGAUGACACUCGAUCAUCCAUCAGGCCAGACAUAAUGGAUGUUUGUUACAUCUCCUAGAGGAAUUAAACCUUCAUACAUGUUAUACUUUUACAUGAUCGAUGGCACAAAAUUGGCGAAUACUUGCUAUUCCCUUUUCCAAAAAAUGUCCUGCAAAAUGGGAACAAAUAUGAGCAGGGCCGUCUUAACAGCAGUGUAGGCCCCUGGGCACAGCAAUGCACUGGGCCCCCUACCCAUCCUCCAGCGGUAGGGGUGGGGGUAGGGGGUGCUAUCAGUGCAGCUGUGAUGUCCCGUGGGCAGUAGGGGGUGUUCUAUCUUCAGCUCAGCAUGUAGGACCUGGAACAGUAAUUUCUGAUAAUUACUCCUUUACUGCACAGAUGGGGCUAAACUGUAGAAGAGGGCAUUGGGCUGAAUGAAGAUGCCCUGUUACAUGACUUCCAGAGUGGCAGCGGGUGUUUAAUACGUAGGGGAGGGUGUAUAGUGGAGUGGGCUUAAUAUUUAUCAUUUUCCGUUGGGAGGGCAGCUUGCUUGACUGCAGAUAUCUCAAGUUUCUGAUAAUAUAUUUUUUAGCUUUGAAUGAGAUAAAAAAAAACUAGAGUGUCCCACCUUUCAGAAGGUUCUGGGGACUUGGGGAUCAGAGUUCAGGUGCCAGAGCAAUUCACCAAUGAAAAUCUAAAACUGCAUAUUAGGCGUGUGGAGCUGGAGCAGGGACCAGCUGCUUGAAGGCUGAUAUCUCUGGUUCUGGGCAUAGUAGAGACAAGCUGCCAGUGUCCACCAAAAGGGGAGAGUCCCAGCUUUUAGCUUAUACCCUCACAAGUACUCUAAGUCAGACAAAACCCAAGAUAUCAGGCUGGGAAGUGCAAUUAACAGGCUUGGUUGGGGACCCCUGCUUUAAUGUCAGAUAUCUCCGGUUCCCCAGGGCCGAUUUUCAAAAAUCUGGUACCCCUGGAAAGAGGGGACCCUCAGCUAUCAGCCUAGGGCCCUUAUACUCCUGGGGCCCUUGGGCAAGAGCCCAUUGAGCCCAUACGAAAAGACGGCCCUGAAUAUGAGGUUCAAGGCAGCAGAGCUCACAUUCAGAAGGCUAUGUGUGGAAUGCAGAUACCACUGUACAAUAGCAAGACUGUUGUUCAACACUGCAGAUGAGUUUAGUUUAAAUUAACCAUAAUAUUCUGUACUGUGAUAUCAGAAAUUGCCCAGUGCUGCUGUGGUUAUAUUCUGUGAAACAAAAGUACUUGAAAGAUGUGUAAGACACUGAUGAAAACAAUAUUAGUCCGAGUAAAGCCAGAUUUAAGAAAGUCAUAUUUCCUUUGUAAUCAGUUACUGAUGAAAAACAUAAUUCUUUACAUGGUUUUUAAUAAAACAUAAAAUUCUGACCUUUUUAAA